AUGUCCGACAGCGUGGGCCCGACGGCGGGGGCGGUAUCGCGCUGCCAUCGAUGGGGCAGCCGCCCUGCCGCUGCACCCGGAGCCCACCUCGCCCACCGCGCGCCGCACCACCACCACUACCUCUUCUCCAUCAAGCAACUCAACACACUGGGUGCCGCCGCCGUACUGGCCUUCUCGACCACCGUGCCGCUCUCGGAGAUCGCCUUUGGCGUCCUGCUCCUCCCCUACCUCCUCCUCCUGGCCACGCCCGCCUUCCCGCAGCGCCCCAGGAAGCCCAACCCGUCGCGCUUGUCUUUCGCGGCCUCGCACGCCUCCUCUCGCCGCGCACACCGUUAUCUUUCGAGCCACGGCAUUGAUUCAUUCGUGGUCGCUACUCACUCCGAUGGAGGCCAGGGAGCAUUUGAUUACUGGAUCUAUCCGCUGGGAGAUGGUAGUUCGGGAUAUCUUCAACCGGGCAAGUCGCUGCACCAGCCCGACGCGCUGCGCGCCAUGCGCGUCCGCGUCAACGCCGACAUCGUCGCCGUGCUCGGCCGCGCGCGCGGGAUCCAGCGCGCGCUCGCGGACAUGGACCUCGCCAACGCCGCGCAGCGCAGGCUCUCCGCGGGCUGCCAGGAGGGCACCACCCUCGACCGCACCCGCACCUCCGUCACCGCGGGCCUCCGGAAGAAGCUCAAGGACAUCAUGCUCGACUUCCAGGCGCUGCGCCAGCGGAUGAUGUCCGAGUACAAGGACACCGUCGAGCGCCGCUACUACACGCUCACCGGGGAGGUCCCCGAGGACGAGGUCAUCGAGCGCAUCAUCUCCGAGGGCCGCGGCGAGGAGAUCAUGAGCGCCGCCGUCGCCGAGCACGGCAAGGGCGCCGUGCUCGCCGCGCUCAACGAGAUCCAGGACCGCCACGACGCCGCCAGGGAGGUGGAGCGCAGCCUCCUCGAGCUCCACCAGGUGUUCCUUGACAUGGCCGUCGUCGUACAGUCGCAGGGGGACAAGCUUCAGAACAUCGAGCACCACGUGAGCAACGCCAGGGACUACGUCCACUCCGGCAACAAGGAGCUCGGCAAGGCCCGCGAGCACCAGCGCGGCAGCCGCAAGUGCCUCUGCAUCGGCAUCAUCCUGCUGCUGCUCCUCAUCCUCAUCGUCAUCGUCCCCAUCGCCACCAGCCUCAGGAGAAGCAUAGACAACAGGAAGAACAGAGACGCAGCAUCUUCACUUAUUUCCUUGCAGAUUCCUGUUAAGGAAGCAAAGCCGUCGCUCAUCGCCGGCUUCGUCGUCUGCUACGGCCUCGACGACUCGCACACCAUCGACCUCAGCGUCCGGGGCCGCCUCGCCGCGCUCAAGAACCGCGUCGACUCCUCCGACCUCGACGACCGCCUGCACCCGCGGACGCCCGCGCCGCUCCAUUGA